CACGACACAUUUAAGUCCGUGAAAUUUAGGACGGAUUUUCUUUCCAUUUUAUUUAUGUUUAGCUUGAAAAAGCAACGUGUAUUUGUGUCAUUUGAUGAAGUGUCAUUCGUUUUAUAGGUGACAAACUGUUGGUAUUGUACUGAUGAAAUCAUCGUUCCGCCUCGAUACCAUCUGGAAUUUUGAAUUAUUUAUUUGCUUUUGAAGGAUAAAAUCAAUUUUAUUAUCCUAAAUUGUUGGAGCUACACAGAAGAAUCUUCAGGAAUUGAAAGUCAGGGUGCUUUUUUAACGUUAAGAUGUGGAAAUUUUUCUGCAUAUUAGUCCUUCUAGUCUCCUUGGAGAUGUUUGUAGCACCACCAGUAGAUAAAAAGAAAGAAAAUAAUGCCAAGAAUUCAACAGAAGAAAUGGAUGAUUUUGGACUUGAGUAUGGUCGCUACUUAGCGCAAGUAGUUCAAACUCUUGAAGAAGACAAAGAAUUCGCUAAACGAUUGGAGAAUAUUACUACUGAUCAAAUAAGGAGUGGGGCCAUUGCUAAAGAGCUGGAAUUCGUGAAGCACAACGUCAGGUCUAAAUUGGAUGAACUGAAGAGGAUAGAAGUGGAUCGCCUCCGUAAGCUCAUUCAAGAACAAAUGGAGCGCACUGAAUUAGGUCUGUACCGUGAUGGAGACGGUCAUCUCCUGAAUACUCCUGAUGGUCGGCGGUGGAGAACUAUUCCUAGCUAUAAAGGUUUAGAUAGGAAGAAUGGAGUUAAAAUACCAAAACAUUUAGACAUAGAUAAUCCUCACAGUUUUGAAAUGGAGGAUUUAAAGAAGCUCAUUCAAUCAGCUACCACUGACUUGGAAGAAAUAGAUAGACAAAGAAGAGAAGAGUUUAAAACUUAUGAGCUUGAGAAGGAGGCUGCCUACCGGGAAAGUUUGCAAAACCUGACAUCAGAAGAGAAGAAGAAAGCUGAAGAGCAUCACAAAGAAUUGAUCGAAAAACAUAAAGAUCACCCUAAAGUUCAUCAUCCUGGAAGCAAACCACAACUGGAACAGGUUUGGGAAGAACAAGAUCAUCUUCCAAAGGAUGAAUUCAAUCUGCGUACAUUUUUUGCAAUGCAUGAUCUCAAUGGAGAUGGUCACUUAGAUUAUCAAGAAGUUGAAGCAGUUCUCAUUCCUGAGGUAAGAAAGGUGUAUAAUCCUAACAAUGAGGAAGAUGAUCCAGUUGAAAUGAUGGAAGACAUGUAUCGUAUGAGAGAGCAUAUUUUUAAUCAGAGUGAUACAAAUAAGGACCAUCUUAUAAGUCUUGCUGAAUUCUUAAAGAUGACUGAAGAUGACAGCUUUGAGCAAGAUGAAGGCUGGCAAGGCUUAGAUGAGCAACAAGUCUAUUCUGAGUCUGAACUUCAGGAAUAUAUGAAGCAAAGAGCCAUGCAACAUCAUGGAGACUCACGAAUGUAUUAUGAUGUUGGAAACGCCCCACAAGGUAUGCCUCCACACAUUAACUUUCAAGGUCAUGCAGGUGCUCCUCCUCCUGGAUAUCCUCAACAACCUCAAGGAUAUCCUCAACAAGGUCACCCCCAACAGUUUCAACAAGGUUAUCCCCAGCAAGGUCAUCCCCAACAGUUUCAGCAAGGUCAUCCCCAACAGUUUCAGCAAGGCCAUCCCCAGCAAUUUCAACAGGGCCAACCUCAACACUUCGAACAAGGCCAACCUCAACAAUUUCAGCAGGGCCAACCUCAACAUUUCCAACAAGGCCAACCUCAGCAAUUUCAGCAAGGCCAACAUCAGCAAUUUCAGCAGGGCCAACAUCAGCAAUUUCAGCAGGGCCAACCUCAGCAAUUUCCGCAAGGCCAACCUCAACAAUUUCCGCAAGGCCAACCUUUACAGUUUCAACAAGGUCAACCUAUAGUUCAACAAGGACAACCUCAACAGGUUCAGCAAGGCCAGCCUCAACAGUUUCAGCAGACUGGAAAUAAUGUGCAGCCUUCUAAUCCUCAAGCAGCUACUGAGACACAAAAACCAUCAGAUCAACAGGCUCACAAAACUGAAGGAAAUACUGCUCAACCUGGAGCUCCUAGUGUUGCAGCUACUAAGCAACAAACAUGAAGCUGAAAAGAACAGUUAAAAACAAAAAAAUCAGAUCAAAAAAUAUUAGUUUUACUAUAAAAAAAAAUAUUGAAUUACUUCAAAGAGACUGAUUGGUAUUUUUGACAAAAAUAUAUUGAUAUUUUACUUAAUUGCUAACUGUAAUAUCUUAAAUUUAAAAGUUUUGUCUAAAUGUUCAUGCGUUGUUAAAUGAAUACCAGUAUUAUAUAUUCAAUCUUAAUAUUUUGUUUGUAAAAUUUUUACUCAGAACAAGUUUUUUAAUAACAUUGCAUUGUUUUAUUGAGAUUUUUGAGACAUUUUAAUUCUGAACAAUAUUUAUACUAUUUUAUAGUUUUAGUUGAAGUGUUUUAUUAGAUUUUUUAAAAUACAUUCCAUUUGUAUAUAAAUUUUGUCUGUAUAUUUUGUACAUAUAAUGCUGCGAUUGAAUCAUUAUUUGAAAAAUAUAGACUGCUGAUUUGUUAGUCACAAAUUUUCCUUAAGUGUAACAAAAAAGAAAUGUUUUAUGUUUAUAAAUUUUCAUUUUGCUGUUGCACUCUGUUACCUCCAGAAUAAAUGAGCACUUAAACUGUU